AUGGUCAGAAUCCGUGACAGGAUCGCAUCGUCGCAUCUAGCCCUGUUAAAAUUUGAAAAAGCCACCACCAACGAACAGUCCGCCUCCCGCACCCACAACACCUGUCACCACCACCCUCCGAAAACUGUCAACAUGUCGUCUGUGGGGCGGGUCAUCCGUCGGCUGGGCUCCUCGCGGAAGCUCCAUGCAGCGGAGAUGAUCAGCACUGACACGCUGAUCUCGAUCCCAGAAGAAGCGCCGCAAGUGAACCUUGCACCCGUGGACACUCAGUUGAACAUGCACCGGUUCAACGCCCUUUUUGAAGAGGAGAUGGGGGUACAAGGCCCCAAAGGUUGCAAUGAGGCCUCGGCAGAAUGGUCAGCAGUCGGCCAUGCAGCGGCGACGGGCAAGUCCGGCCGUGUCAUCCACAACCUGCAGGAGGAAGUGGCCCGUCUGAAGCGGGACUCUGCCCUCUGGCAAUCCAGAGCGGAGGAGUCUCAGCGAACCAGCGAGGCCCUCAAAGUCCAACUGCAGGACACGGCCGACUGGCUGCGCCAUGAGGAGCAGGUCCAUGAGACCAGCCUCAAGUCCAUCGAACGGAAAGAACGGAAGAUUGAGGACUUGCGCGCCGAGCUGCACGCUGAGCGCACCAAGCGCCACGAUGCCCAAAUCGUGGUAAACGAGACCAAUGAGGCGAUGCGCGUGGAACGCCAGAACCACCAUCGCGAACUGGCUCGGCUGCAAGAGGAGGCUAAGUACUACAAAAACAUGUACGAGGUCCUGAGCAGCACCACGAAGCGGGACAAGGGCGAGUUGCACCGCCGGGUGGACGAGGUGUGGGGCAAGGUAUACGCCAUGUCGGACACACAGACCAAGCAGACCGAGUGCAUCGACCGGCUCAUGGUCAUCGGAGACCAGAAGGACCGAGAGAUCGACGGGCAGCAAGAGCGAUUUGAGAAGAUCAUCGCUCUCCAUGAAAACUACAAGGAGACCAAGGACAACGAGUUCCGAGACACCAUCAAUCGGACCCACGCCAACAGCAAGCGGAUCGAUGAUACCAUCAGAGAGCUCCAGGAAACUCGCGACAAGAUGAAAUGGGUGAUUCGAAUGAGUGAGCUCCAAGAGACCAAGCAGGCCAAACAGCAACCAACGCCCGAACCCUCCUCAUCCUCAUAA